UCUGGUCUGGUGAAUGGAACUCUGAAAUCCAGUUUUCAGUACCCGUAGUAUCUAAACCGCCCUGCCAUUUCGAAUGCCCCCCACCUGACUCGCUGUGGAAGCAGAUCCCCGGCAAAGAGAAAGGCACGCGACGCACGUCCCCGCCAGCUCCGAGCCUCCGAAGGCAGUCGACUGGGAGGCGACCGCCAUGGCCACCGGCUGCGUCCCCGGCGCUCUGCGCUUGGUUCCGUGGCGAGGAGCGUCGUCCUCCUCCACCUCCUCCUCCUCCCGCGCCCUGGCUCGUCUCCGCCCGCGCGUCGCCUCGUUCGCAGCCCCGCCUCGGCCUCUCCAUCGCGCCCUUCGUCCAGUUCCCGCCCCGCACAUGGCGCUCCGUGCUCCUCUUCCUCCUGCGAGGUGCCAGGUCCCCGCAACUCCGGAGUCUCCCUUGCAGCCGCCAAGCUUUUGGGAAACGGUGUGGCAGGUGUGUAAGCGUGUCUCCUGGAAGCACCUUGGUACACUCACGCUGCUGUCUGGCUGCAUAGCAGUUGGUUUCUUUGCAAACAAAGGGGACCCACGCGCCUUGUUGAUAGUUGAUGUACUGGACAAAGCGAACAAAGCAUACAAGCCAAGUCUGGAGUUCGCAGUUUUACUCAUCGCACUUUUCGUUUCUCUGUCGUCAAGGUAGAGGCAGAGGAUUGCUCAGGUUUUUUGGGCACAUGUUUUGGACAGUAGGAAGUAAGUGGUACAGUUACUGAUCCUUACCAUAGAAGUACAUGGUGGAGAUUCCCACCGGUUUUAUCAGAAAGGGAUGGGUUGCACAUACGGAGACCCGACAUGACCAAUAGCACUAGUUAUGGAGUUCCUGAAAUUGCUUUAUCUCAGUACAAAUUUCCACCAGAUGCACCAGGCGUGCGUGCACACUUUAUGUCGUUUCCCUUGAGGUGGAAACAUCAUGUUUUUCGGUGUUCGCUGUGAGCGAUGUCAUCUGCUGUGAACGAUGAACCAUUAUGCUGCAAAGUUGAAAAUGUAUCACUGUCAAUUACA